UGCAUUGCAGCUGUUUUACGUUACAUCUUGCGACUUCUUCAAGCAUUUUCCGACGUGACGUACCACGCUUCACUUCUAGUUUACAACCCAGUUCUUAAUUCCACGGAAAGUGGAACGAAAUGUUUAACAAAAAACCCCGGAGAAACUUUCGGCAGAGGAAAGAGAGCUCCAGUGACGAGGAGAACCAGCACAAGAACAGCGGAGAUGGAGGGGAGACAGAGAAAGCUCCGCCAGUGGUAAAUAAACAGUCCAAAGUGGCCCAGGGCCGCGGCAUCUCUUGCAGCUCGAAGCAUGAAACGACGCCUCCAAAGGCGGACGGCGGCGACGGGGACACGCUGGAACUGACAGCAGCAAAAGAGGAGAAGAUCAGAGACAAAGAUGGAGGGAAAAAGAAAACAAAUUCCGUCCUCAGUUUCUCUCAUGACAAAGAAGCUGAAGAACCAACAUUUAAACUGAAGAAGUCCUCUGAUAAAGCUGUGCUGUUCCAAGUCAGGAGGAAGGAAGCUUCACCUGCCAAGACCAUCCACAGCACAGAGGGUGUAGGUGUCCCACCAUCUGGUUCUCCCAGGCAAGAUUAUGAAAGUCAGGCUUCACCACAUGGUCUGCACCAUAAUGAUGACAAUGAUGACAAUGAUGACGAUGAUGAUGAUGACGAUGAUGAUGAUGAUGACUAUGGCGACAAUGAUGACAGUGUCAGUAACAGUGAUGAGGGUGGUGCCAGGUCUCCCUCAGCUAGCUCUUCCUCAGACUGUAGCCGCUCUACUGCCAAGCGAGUAGUUAUUCCUAACGCUGAAGAGAUCCGGGCAGCCAGGAGCCAGCGUCGUGCCAAUCGAGCCCAGAAAGAGUUCAUUCCUCUGGGCAUAGAUGGCCAGAGCUCCGCUAGUAACACCCCGGAUCACUACAGCAGGGACGAUGAAGAAGACAGAGUUGAUGAUGAUGAUGAUGACGAGCCAGAUGAUCAUGAGAGAAGAAUCGAGUUUGCCCCACGAUUGAAGAGCAUCAGAGAGAGGAUUGCUGAGAAGCUAGGAGGAAGUGAUGGCAGUCUGUCGGGUACUGAUGGGGAAGAGCAGGAACUCUGGGAGGAGACACAAAUUGGGAAGGGAGUCAAGAGACUUCCAGGAGAACAGAGCCCAUCUGGCAGUGAAUCCAGCAGCUACAGCAGCAGACAAGACAGACAAAGACAAAAGAAGAAAUCAGCAGGGGUCAGAAUCCCAAAAACCCUUCCUCUCAUCAGUGUUUCAAUGGUCAAGAGGAGAAUCACUGGGAAACUGGAGUCCCUGAAGGAGGUGCACAGAGCACGACAGGCGGACCUGAGGAGGAUGGAGGGGGAUGUUGAGAACGCUAAAACCUCAGUGGAGACUCUGGAGGAAAGUUCCUCAGAGAGCCAGCUGAUGUUUUACCGGACCAUGACCCUCUAUGUCCACAACCUGGUGGAGUGUCUGCGGGAGAAGGUUGUUGAGAUCAACUCUUUGGAACUGGAGCUUCACACUCUGCUGUCUGACCAGAUGGAGGCACUGUUGGCUCAGAGAAGACAGAAGGUGAAGGAGCAGGCUGACCGCCUGCAGCAGCUCAGCUAUAGCACAGAUGAGCAGAGUGGAAGCUCACCCAAUGGAACAGAAACCCAAGGUGUGGCAGGCACUGCUGCUAAAGCUAAGGAAGACUUUAAUAUUCCUGAAGACACCACACUUUCAGCAGAAGAGGAAGAGCAGCUGCAAAAGAAGAUGGCUGAUAUCCUGUUGAGAUCCCGGGCAGUGUUUUCUGACGUCCAGGAUGACUUCUGCGAGGUUAAAAAGAUUCUGUCUCGCUUUGAAGAAUGGAGAAGAUCUUACUCAGACUCUUACCACAGUGCCUACAUCUCUCUGUGUCUGCCCAAGUUGUUGAACCCCAUCAUUAGACAUCAGCUACUGGCGUGGAACCCACUAAAAGAUGCCAGUGGGGACUUUGAAAACCUCCCAUGGUUCACAGCAGUGGAGACCUUUUGCCAUGGACAUGGCCAUGAAGAGCUUGAGAAUAUAGACAGACAGACACUGUCUAAUGUCAUAGAAAAGACUGUUUUGCCCAAAAUAACUGGAUUUGUGGAGCUGGUGUGGGAUCCCAUGUCAUGCCAACAGUCGGUCUGUCUAUCUGAUAUUUGUCACAGACUGAAGGAGGACUAUUCCAUCUUUGGGGGCGAGCAGAGUAAACCAGUCAAGGCAUUUAUAGAGGCUGUGGUCAGGAGACUGAGGAGCUGUGUAGAUGAAGAUGUCUUCAUCCCUCUGUUCCCCAAAAAGUUCCUAGAAGACAGGUUGUCUCCCCAGAGUCGCUUCAAGGAACAACAGUUCUGGAUGGGCAUAAAACUACUAGGUAACAUGGGGAAAUGGGAUCUGCUGCUUCCUGAGACUGUAUUGAAGGAACUGAUGUUGGACAAAUUGCUGAACCGAUACCUGAUGAUCAGUCUGUGCAGUCAGCCUCAAUCCAACAAUACUGUCCUUACAUGCAAAAAGAUAGCAGAUAGUCUUCCGCUCUCUUGGUUCAAAGGAGAGAGCAUUGGUUUGCCUCAGCUCCAGAACUUUGAAAACCACCUUGUUCAGAAAGUUCAUACCAUCUGCAAGCAACAGUCUCCUAAAGAUACAAACACUAGGUCUGCUGUGGCUGAAGUGCUGCAGGUUCUGAGCAGAAUCAGGUGCAAUGACUCUAUCAUGGCCAUAGCAGAGAAGUACCACUAUGAGGAUGUCAUCUACUCUCACCAGCUGCUGAACCAAGAGACAGUAUGAACAACAAAUAUUGUGGAAUGUGUUUGGAGCAUAAAGUGUAUGGCAACGAAUGUUAUAAAUUACUUGUUAGCCAAGGAAAAAACCAGGGAAAAUAUGUAUAUAAUUUAAUUCCCCUUCCUACAAUUUUUAGUCAUGAACAUUUUUCUGUCUGUUUUGUACGGGAGAUAACUGUACUUUUAUGAAUAAAUAUUUGAAUUUUGUUAAUA